GACAUCACAGAAGUCAGAGAAAAGAAUUAGCAAGAACUCUGGAGGAAGCAAAAACUGCUCUUGAUCACAACCACUAUUUAAAUUCAUCCUCUUCAAAUUUAAUCAGAGUGUCCUCUGGGAUCUCUUACAGCUUGGGAACUGAUAUGACAUCACAUCUUCUGGUGGACAAUACAUUAGAGAACUUGUUAGAGACAUAGAUUCAAUACCUCUAAUGAUACCAGCGUCAAAAGGUAAGAAUAUAAAAAACGAACCACCUUUCAGCAAGAUGAGCCGGGAAGAAUUGGAGGAUCGUCUGUUUCGUCUUCGUGAAGAAAACUUGUUGCUGAAGGACCUUUCUUGGAAGCAACAGGAUGAGAUGAAAAGGAUGAGGACAGCCUUGCUGCGGUUGACAGCUGCGGGUCGGAACCUGAGGUCAGAGGCAGCGACCACCCAGCAGCUCUCAGAGCUUGCCAGGCGGCGGCAGAAUGCGGGCUGGCCGCAAUGCCCCCCUAAGCACCAGCGCUCCCUGAUACUUGGGCUGCAACAGCAGUUCCUGUGCCGCAGCCAGCCUCGUGUCCACGUGAGACAGAGACAGCUGCACACCGCUGGUGCACCAGUGCCUGAGAAACCCAAGAAGGAGCCAAUGGACAGGCUGAGCUUUACAGCCCCUCCCACAUUCAAGGAGCAUGUGACAAAUGAAAAAACCAGAGGUGAAAUACCCAGUGAACCCAGCGAACUUGCCCAAAUUAUGACCAGCAAUACUAUGCUAGUAGAAGAACCACCCAAGUCUCCUGGGAAAAUGUGGUCCAAAGAUGAAGAUUUUGAACAGAGAAGCUCUUUGGAGUGUGCUCAGAAGGCCACAGAGCUUCGAGCUUCUAUUAAGGAGAACAUAGAGCUGAUUCGACUUAAGAAGCUCUUACGUGAAAGGAAUACAUCAUUGGUGGCAACAAAAGCACAAUUAACAGAAGUUCAAAAGGCAUAUGAAACUCUGCUCCAGAAGAAUCAGGGCAUCUUGAGUGCAGCCCAUGAUGCCCUCCUUAGCCAAGUGAAUGAGCUCAGGGCAGAGCUGAAGGAGGAAAGCAAGAAGGCUGUGAGCUUGAAGAGCCAGCUGGAAGAUGUGUCCAUCCUGCAGAUAACACUGAAGGAGUUUCAGGAAAGAGUUGAAGAUUUGGAAAAAGAACGAAAAUUAUUGAAUGACAAUUAUGACAAACUCUUAGAAAACAUGCUGGACAACAGUAAUCAGCCUCACUUGAGCAACGAGCUUGUAGAACAGCUACAGCAGAAAGUCUCUCAGUUGCAGGAUCAGCUGGAUGCUGAACAGGAAGAGGAGAGAAAAGUCUUACUUCAGCUGUCCAGUGAGAAAGAUCCUCAAAACAAGGAUCUGAAGCUUGAAGUCACUGACCUGCUACAGAAGCAAAAACAGGAAGUACAGAUUCUUCAAAAUAAAGACAAAAUUUCCCAAUCUCCUGACAGGCAACCUGACCCAGCCACUCCCCCAGCUCCAUUCCAAGAGGACACUCAGAUAGAGCCCUGUGAACCAAACAACCAAGAAGAAAAGAAACUGUCCCAGAUGUUAAGUGAGUUGCAAGUAUCACAUGCAGAGACCAUAUUGGAACUAGAAAAGGCGAGAGACAUGCUUGUUCUGCAGUGCAAAAUCAACGUGUGUUAUCAGGAGGAACUGGAGGCAAUGAUGACAAAAGCCGAUAAUGAAAAUAAAGAUCACAAAGAAAAACUGGGGAGGUUGAAUCAACUCCUGGACCUCAAGAACAAUCGUAUCAAGCAGCUGGAAGGUAUUUUAAGAAGCCAUGGCCUUCCACUAUCUGAACAGCUCAAAGAUGUGGCUUAUGGUACCCGGCAGAUGUCAUUACAUCUGGAAACAUUGCCAGCCCACAGAGAUGAGGAUGAAGUAGACAUCUCUCUGCUGCAUCAGAGUGAGAAUCUAUUUGAGCUGCACAUCCACCAGGCCUUCCUGACAUCUGCUGCCCUGGCUCAGGCUGAAGAUACUCAACCUACCACGUUCUGCACCUAUUCUUUCUAUGAUUUUGAGACCCACUGUACCCCACUAGCUGUGGGACCACAGCCCCUCUAUGACUUCACCUCCCAGUAUGUGGUAGAGAUAGAUUCCCUUUUCUUGCACUACAUUCAAGGCGCUUCAGCCCGACUUGAUCUACACCAGGCUCUGGCCAGUGAGCACCACACCCUUGCAACUGGAUGGAUUUGCUUUGACAGGGUGCUGGAGACUGUAGAGAGAGUCCAUGGCUCUGCCACACUUAUUGGAGCUGGUGGAGAAGACUUCGGGGUGCUAGAAUACUGGAUGAAGGUGCAUUUCCCCAUAAGAACCAGCCUACAGGCAUGCAAUAAGCAAAAGAAAGCCCAGGCCUACCUAUCGGCCAAUGUGCUUGGAGCCUGGGAGGCCCAGGAGAAUGAGGUUGCCCUUUUCCUCCAUCCAAGACCAACAUCUCUCCAGUCCAGAUCAGAGACUUGGAAGCACUGGAACGAGCUACAGGUGGAAAUCACCAGAUGCUGCAGCCUCAGGAGUCGAUGGCUGGGAGCCCAACCCAGCCCGUACGCCAUGUACCGCUUCUUUACCUUCUCUGACCACGACACUGCCAUCAUUCCAGCCAGUAACAAUCCCUACUUUAGAGACCAGGCUCGAUUCCCAGUGUCCGUGACUUCUGACCUGGAUCAAUAUCUGAGGCGGGAGGCCCUAUCCGUGUAUGUUUUUGAUGAUGAAGACUCAGAGCCUGGCGCGUACCUUGGCAAAGUCCAAGUGCCCUUGCUGCCUCUGGCACAAAACAAAUCCAUUAAAGGUGAUUUUAAUCUCACUGACCCUGCGGGGAAACCCAACGGAUCUGUUCAGGUACAACUGGAUUGGAAGUCGUGUUACCUGCCCCCAGAGAGCUUCCUGAAACCAGAAGCUCCGACUGAGGAGAACGACACCAAGAAUAGUUUAGAAAUGUCAUCUGAAGAGGAAAAGGUUUCCUUUCCUCCCCAGAACCAGGUGGAACCUGCUGAGAUUCCCAUUGCAGCUGGCCAGUAUCCAGCUAAGAGAAAACCUCUUCAGCUGGGAGAAAGAAAGGAAAGGGAACACCAGGUUGCAAGCUACUCAAGAAGAAGACAUGGCAAAAGAACAGGCAUCCAAAGAAAGAACAGAAUGGAUUAUCUUAGUGGUAACAUCUUAACUGGGAAUACACUACAGCAGGUGAACUACACUGAAUGGAAGUUCUCAGGGCUUCAGAUCUCCAUAGAUAAUGAUUUUAAAAAUCAGCAGAAAGAAGAGGAAAUGACAUCAUCCCCUUCAGCAUUGAUACAGAAGGAAGCCCUACAUUCUGUAAAUGCAGAUAAAGAAUCCUGUGAACAAGCUUCUGAAGUCAGUGAAGCACAAACUACAGACAGUGAUGACGUAGUGAUACCUGUAUCUCAGACAUGUCCUAAGCCAGCUUCAGAGAAGAUGUGCAUUGAAAUUGUCAGCCUGGCCUUCUACUCAGAAGCUGAAGUGAUGUCUGAUAAGAACAUAAAACAGGUGUACGUGGAGUACAAGUUCUAUGACCUACCCUUGUCAGAGACGGAGACUCCAAUAUCCCUGAGGAAACCGAACGCAGGAGAAGAGAUCUACUUCCAUUUUAGCAAGGUGAUAGACCUGGACCCACUGGAGCAAAGAAGCCGAAGGCAAUUUCUGUUCGCCAUGCUGAAUAGACAGGAUCCUGAGCAAGGACGUUUAAAGUUUACAGUGGUAAGUGAUCCUAUGGAUGAUGAAAACGAAGAAUGUCAGGAAGUAGGAUACGCAUAUCUGGAACUGCGGCAGAUCAUGGAAUCAGGAAGAGACAUUCUAGAGCAAGAGCUAGAGAUUGUUAGCCCUGUAGACGAGGCCACCCCAAUAGGAAGUCUGAAGGUGUCCCUUCAAGCUGCUGCUGCCUUCCAUGCUAUUUACAAGGAGAUGACUGAAGAUUUGUUUUCGUGAUGAAACAAGUGCUAUCCCACUCUAAACUCUGUGAGGGAACCAUAGUAAAAAGUCUCUUAUAAAGUAACUUGCUAUACCAUGAAUUUGGUUUACUGUGAUGUCUGGUAUCUCUCAACCUAACGAGGAAAGCUUAGAAUAUGCAAGUUGACUUUUGUGAUACUAGCUGGAUGAAGGCAUUAUUUUUAACACCUUAGCACUUGACCAGGCAAGAAACAGGCUUGCUUUCACGAACUGCCAAAGAACUGUCACAAAAAUGGGAAUUAUAAAAACAAAACAACAACAAAAAAAACCCACAGUUUAUUUUUCUUUUAGUUCUUCCAAAAUUGAAAAUAUCAAGUCCUACUGCUAAGGAGAAAAAAACAAACAAACAAAACAAAAUCCAAGAUCCCCCCUCCUCUUUUAAAGUCACAGAACACAGAAUGAACUGCAGCGGGACAGGUGGGUGCAGAGAACCAGGAGGGGGAGGAUGGCAAGAUAAACUCCCCAAAUACUUAAAAAGCUGUCCAACAGAAACUGUGAUAAAUAUAGGACAAUGCGAGACAAGUAAAAAUAAGGAGCAGCAGUGACGAGAGGCUGUGCUGUAGACGUGGCCUCCCUUCCUCUUCUCAUCAGGGUAUUCUAGGCCCAAGGCAUGAAUGACUCUUGCCCCUUCCAGAUUUAAAUGUUGACUCCUUUCAGCCUCCUCCUAGAUUCCAUCAGAAGCAGUAUAUGAGGCACAACCAUUCUUAUUCAGGUAUAUCAGAGAAGAAACAGUGGUAAUUUUGUUUCUACCAAUGUACCAUAUGUGAAUUUGAAAGGAGGAUGAAACCAAGCCAGGGAGUGUCACUGCUUCUUACGUCUUCCAAGGCAGCAGAAAUACCUCAGAAUCUGCAUGAGGCAAGAAAGCAGGAAAACUCAGAUGAAGGUACCAGCCCAAUCCGCCUCACUAGCUCAAGCUGUAUAGUUUAUCACACUCAUCAGCAAAUUCCAAGUACCUGCUCUUGAGUACUACGCAAAGAUGGAACUUAGAGAUGUGAGGAAGGAAGGUCAUGGCAGUAGGGUAGGAUGGAGGAUCAAAUCUGCUGGUCAAGACCCAUGGUACAGGUAGUUAAGGGUCACCUUGUACCAAUGUCUUGGAAAUAUAGCUAUGAGACAUCAAAGAAUAAGAUGUCAGAAGCCACUGAUGUUCUGGCAGAAGGUGACAGGAAGAGAGAGGAAUGAAACGGUAUUUAUUAACAGUGGAAGCCUCUGCCCUUCUUCAAGAACACCUCCUGCCUUGCCAUCUGGAUGGGGCCAUUGGCAUGUGUCCUGGUGGGCCUGGAAUUCCCCGAGUACAUUGGUCCACACAAAUGGCCCCCUAAAC